AUGGCAAGUGAGCCACUGGCAAUGCUGCUGGCUUCGGAGCCGGUCGUGGCCGACGGCGGGGUGAGAAUCGUACGCAGAGGCGUCGCUCCCGCCGUUGGCGCUACCAACGGCAGCCACCCGAACGGCCUCGCCGCAGGGUCCUAUGACAUCUCCAAUGGCGACAAAGAUAGCACUAGUAGCACCAGCGACGCUGAGGCCAUGGGUGCCGCCGCAGCAAGAGGCAGGACCGGAGGUGCCGGUGGCGGCGGCACUGGCGCCGUUGGAGCCUUAGCCGCUGAAGCUAGGGAGACGGGCGUGGUAGUGGACAGCGCACCAUUGCCUAAUUUGGAUCCCACAUUGGGCGGCGCCUUCAGACGGCCUUCGCUGCUGCACUACUGCUGGCCGAGAUCCAUGCAGUCACUGACAGCCGUACAGCGCCCUGGCAGCGGCGGUGAUGACGGCGUCGGUGGUGUCGAAAUCGGCGACGAGCAUGACGAUGACUCGCGGCAAAUCCCGUCCACCUUUGGCGCCUCAGCGGAGGCGGCGUUGGCAUGUCAUGACGUCGGGUUUCAUUCAUCUGGUACCGGCGGGCGGGCGAUGUGCGUGUACGAUCCCGCACUACAAGGCCCUAACCACCAACUACCACAAGGGCAUGGCGGCAACCGCGUUCUGAACCUUCACAAUCAUUCCUCCCGACACGGCGGCGGUGACCCCCAAGGAAAUCACCUUGAACAGCAUAACCAGCAACGACUUAGGGACCCGUACGGCAGCAUGGUGCGCGCCCGAGCCAUGUCAGCACCCGGGGUCCCGGAGCGGGGAAUUGGUGCUGACGCCGGGGCUGGUGCCGCCGCCGCCGCUACCUUCGCCAGCCGCUUUAUGCUUGCAAGUGCGAGUGCGAAUGCAGGCAUAUUUGCGCGAAAAGUGCCAUCGAUGGCGGCUUCGCAGUUCCCCUCUCGGCGCUCCAUAGACGAGACGGCCGCUGCUGCAACACCGCCAGGGCAGCAGGGGCAGAAGGCCCUUCCCCCCGUCGUUGCUCGGGGCCGCCUCGCCCGGCCGAUGGACCUGCUCCGCCAGGUAUCGAAAAAGAUUAUGCUAGAGCGACUCUCACGUGGACUCCACAGCGCAGCUGGGGUGCAAAGUGUAAACGCCGCCGGCGGCGGCUGCGGCAGCGGACCCGCCUCUGCCGCUACCUCCACUGACGAGAUGCCAACCGCGGCCAGUAUUACUUCCCCGCCUGGGAAGGAGGCGGCGAUCACUUGCUCAGAAGUCACAUCCGAGUCUGGCAGCGGCAGCCAGAGGACAUCCCUUGCCGCCCCCAUCCGUCCGGCAGCCGGUGUCGAUGGCACCACCACCGCCGCUGGUGCAGCUUCCGGAGAUCCCCAUGACGCGGCACAUCGGUCCUCGACCGCUGCUGGCGCGCGGCAGACCGAGCGCAUUCACGCAGCGGCUCGCAUUCUAUCUGCCCCCGAUGUGGCGUACUACCAGUCAGGGGAUGUUGGUGUCCCCGGCGGUCAUGGUGGCGACAGCGGUGACGGCGGCGCCGGGAGCCAACCCGUACGGCAUUGGACUGCCGGACACGCGUCGCCAUCCGCCCCCGCUCCCCUUCGUGAGGGGCCGUAUCUCUCAAGAACCCUCAUGGACAGCCCGUCACCAUCACCUGUGUCGCUGCCAUCGACACUGCCGUCACCGCUGAUGCAGCUGCUGAUGCCGGCGAACACGGCAAUGUCGUACGGAUCUUCGGCGCCGUCACAGUCGGCGACCAGCGGCGGGUUAAAAAGCGUUGACGGCAGUAGUAGUCAAGACGUGGUCGUCGGAGUCGGGCGGAGAGGCAGCACCGCCGCCGCCACCGUAACGGCUGCUUUUCACACGAGGGGGUGUCAACGUAAUCCCCCGUCGUCGCCGACUCAAGUCGCCUUGUGGCCGCCGUACAAGAGCAACAAGUACGAUACGGGCUUGGACCGCAGGGAGCCGUACAUCGAGCACGCCGCCGAAGCCGUCGGAGUUGUCAGCAGCCGUGCCGCAGGCGGCCUGUCAGGCAUGCCGUCGCCGUACACAACAUCAUGCAAUCCGCCACGCUAUCUCGAGCUCGGCCAGGACGUGUCUGUUCGCGGCAAUUCCAACCACCUCGCCAUCGCUGCGGUAUCCGCUUCUGCCGUGGACAGGCCGUCUGUCUCAUCACAUCAAGCCGCCAGUGGAGAUGCUAGCGUGCCGCUUUUCUUGACCGCCGCCAGCGGCAGUGCGAUAGCGGACUACGGCAGCGGCAGCGUCCCCGUCGCCAGUGCUUACAGCUUGCACAGCACCGCGCCAGUGCAGAUGGCGGCCGAGCCGCGAGUUGCCAACCCCGCCUCCGGCGGCGGCGGCGGCGCCGCCGCCGGUCCCGCCGACAGUGCCGCAUGGCAGCGCAAAACCUGGGGUGACCUUCUGCGGGAGCUGUUCCCGGUUACCGGCGCGGCCGCCAUCACAGCUCAUGCGGCGUCUUCACCGGCCGGCAGACUGCACAACAUUCUGACGUUUGGCGGUCACCACAACGGCAGCCUGCAGGGCAGCAUCUUCAGUGGCUUAUACGGCAGCGGCAGCGGCGCAUCCGCAGCCGCCGGUCCCUUUGGUGGCAUGAGCCCCGGGGGGCUCCCCGCCAUCUCCGCUCACCUACCUGCUGGUGGUGGCGGCGGUGGGAGCACCCAUGGUGGCGGCCGCCGUGUUCGCACCUCCCGCUUCCUGGCCGGCAACGUCGUGGCUGGUGGCCCGGCCCUGGCGUUCCGCGGCCUGCGCGUGCGGAUGGGGCUCCACACAGUGCUCAUUGCGCUCCAGGGCGGGUCCUUGGGGCUCCGAAACCCUGAGGGCCGCAUCACCAACGCCGCGGACUGUGCCUUCAACCCCACCACCGGCGCCGUGUCAUACACAGGGGACACGCUCAAGAUUGCAAAGGCGGUCUCGGACGCCGCGGCCGGCGCCAUGAUCCUUGCCUCCGAGCGCACGCUCCACCAGCUGCUGCCUAUCCUGCAACUUCUGGACUCACGAGCCCCCAUGGCCAUUUACUGUGGAGAUGUUGAGCUGGAGGCCCUCGCCAACACAGCUGAUGCGCGGCGUGGUUUGGCGCUGUAUCAGCUGGUUGGAUAUCGGCUCAGGCAGAGGCUCCCUCAUUUGGCGCCGCUGCGAGGGGUCACGUAUCUGCAGUACGGCAAUAUGGACGCCCCCGUGGGCCGCAAUGUCUCCAUCACCUUCUUGACGGUACCCGCAGCUCAGACAUUAGUUUCGGAGCUGGAGGACGUCGGCAGUCGUGCACUGGCGCUGGUCAAGGCCACAGUUGUACGGCUGUGUGCUGCCCGGGGCGGCUACGUCAUUGAGGCGGCAGAGGGGCUUUGCCUGGUGGCUUUCCAUGACCCCGUCACCGCCGCGUCGUGGGCUUUGGACUGCGUGGAAGCACUCCACCGCCUGGAUUGGCCCUCCGCGGUGCUCCACCACCCCCAGUGCUGUGAGAUGUACGACCCCACGUCACCCUCCGGGGCUGCUACGGCAGAGGCGCCUGGACUGGCCAGUCCGACGCUUCUUGAGUCGAUGACCGCACAAGACACCGACAUUCAGACAACUGGUGGUGGGCAUGGUCGGAUAUUAAACGUAGCUGGGGCAACCCUUGGCGGUGGCGGUGGCGGUGGCGGUGGCGGCGGUGUGCACCCUUCACCGCGGCGACUGUUGCAUCGGGGGCCCCGGAUCAGGGCGGGGCUGCACGUGGGUGAGGUCACGUGCGACGUACACGUCAGCACUGGCCGGCUGUCGUACCGCGGCCGCGUCAUGAAUCGCGCGGCCAGGAUAGCGUAUAAGGCCCACGACGGUCAGGUACUAUGCAGUCGUACUGCUUGGAGUGUCAUCCAGAGCAUGCUGCCCCCCGGUACGGCACUGGAGGUGGAGCGACAGCAGCACGACAGCGGCGCCACUGCCACAACCUUGAAUUACGGCCGUGGCCGCUUCAGUAAUUAUGGCGGCGGAGCCGUGGCUGGCUGGGCAAAUAGUGUACGGCUAUUUUUCAACGCCGGCACAGCCGCCACUGCAGGCAGCGGCCGCGGCGGCGGCGGUGCCGCCGUCACUGCCGCCAUUGGGCAGCAUGCGCAAUCUAGCGGUGUUGACGAAUUUCCAGCAUACGGCGUUUCUGAUUAUUUGCAAACACGUACGGCAAUGCCGGUGGGCCAAAUCGCCGAGGGUGACGCCUGUCUUAUUGCCAGCGGCGGUGGCGGCGGCGACUCGCCUGUGACGGGAAGCUUGUCGCCGCCCAUACUCCUCGCGCAUAUGAGCAGCAAUGACGGCGCAAUAUACCGUAUGGCCAGCGGCGGAACUGGCGGCGGAACUGGCGGCGGAACUGGCGGCGGCACCUCGAUUGCUGUGGCUGGUGCGAUGAGCCUCCCGCCGAUGCCACGAGGCCAGUCCGCUGCCUUCGGUGCUGGCGGCGGCGGUGGCGGCGGUGACAGGGCCGGCAGUCUGGGACCCGUCAGGCAGCAACCUUCUCCCCCGCGGGGACCCUUGGCGCCGCCGCCGCCAACGGCGCGGCUAGAUCUGGGCCACCCACAAUGGGCCCACCGCCAGGACGAGCAGCCGUACAAAUCCUCCCAGCGGAGCUCUCCACAGCAACAGCCAUUGCCGUACACAAUGGUGCCGCCAUCAGGGCCUAUCGCCGCUGCGUCCACAUCUGGCGCGGCUCAAGUCGCCAGUAGCUCGCCGCUGCAGCUUCAGCUCCCCUUGGAUUAUCAUCAUCAUCAGCAGCAGCAGCAGCAGCAGCAGCAUACUCCGCCACCAUCGCAGCCGCCUCUGCAGCGCUUGGCCUCCCAUGAUGACGCCGACCUCCCCACUGGCCGGUCGAGCACGGGGAAUGCCGCCAGCAGGGGCCCCACCCACACCAGCUGCAACACCGGGCUCACGGGGGAAGACGGCGCACCAAACCUGGACAGCCAAUGGCGCGCCAAUGCUGGAGCCGCUGUCACCGAAGUGAUUGACGAGGGCCCUCCGCCCUGGAGUCACAAUGUUGCCGCGGCGGAUGGAGGACGCCGCCGGCUGCUAACCUCCGACAUGGAUCUUGGGCCGCUUGCCGCUGCUGCUGCUGCUGCUGGCGGCGGUGGCGGCGGCCGAGGUAAAGGUUUGCACGCGGGCCUGCCGUACAUGGGAUGGAACGACGGCAGUGGAGGAGCGGCCAUGCGAGAGGGCGGCAGCGGCAGCGACUGCAGCGACAGCAGUCCCGGUGGUGACGGUGACGGCGACGGCGACGCUGGCUGCAGGAGCUGUGCGCCUCCACGGCCAAUACAUGCCUUGAGCCUGGGGUCGUUCCAGCUGAAGGGAAUUCCGGAGCUGAUGGAGCUGAUGGAGCUUCGCUGGGCCCCUUGGGGGCCUUAUGGCUGA